AAGAGGGAAAUCAUCAUCCAGGGAGUGCAUAUACACUUGAAAGGCGAGCAUGACAUCCACGGCAGAUCGUCUGGCCCAUCAGCAGGAGAGGGAACAAGGCAUUGGCACUAACCAUAAAGCAGUGAAGUUCUCCCAGCAGGAUUAUGAGACUCUGCUGCAGCAGUGUCAGGAGCGUGGACGCCUGUUUGAGGACAACUGCUUUCCUGCUGAGCGCAAAUCACUGGGCUAUAAUGAGCUGGGACCAUACUCAUCCAAGACCAGGGGCGUUGUUUGGAAAAGGCCAACGGAGCUGUGCUCCAACCCAAAGUUCAUUGAUGAUGGAGCCACAAGGACGGACAUUUGUCAAGGAGCUCUGGGCGACUGCUGGCUUCUGGCUGCAAUAGCCUCUUUGACUCUAGACCAGCGGAUCCUUGCUCGCGUGGUGCCCCAUGGACAGAGCUUCACCGAAAACUAUGCCGGGAUAUUUCACUUCCAGUUCUGGCAGUUUGGUGAGUGGGUGAAUGUGGUUAUCGAUGACCGUUUACCCACCAGAGAUGGAAAGCUGCUGUUUGUUCACUCAGCGGAGGGCUCUGAGUUCUGGAGCGCGCUGCUGGAGAAGGCCUACGCUAAGGUGCAUGGCUGCUAUGAGGCCCUGUCUGGAGGAAACACUAUUGAGGGUUUUGAGGAUUUCACAGGAGGGAUUGCAGAAGUAUACACCUUAGACAAAGCUUCACCAAAGCUCUUCCAAAUCAUGCAGAGAGCCCUGGGGCUAGGUUCACUGCUGGGUUGCUCCAUUGACAUUACCAGUGCCCAUGAGACAGAGGCAGUUACAGCUCUCAAACUUGUCAAGGGGCAUGCAUACUCAGUCACUGGUGCGGAGGAGGUUCAUUAUCGAGGCAGGCUGGUUCAGCUGGUCCGCAUCAGGAACCCAUGGGGUCAAGUGGAGUGGACUGGGUCUUGGAGUGAUGGAUCCAGUGAAUGGAACCACGUCAGUAAAGAUGAGAAAUCAAAGUUGAACCAUGUGGCUGACGAUGGAGAGUUCUGGAUGUCCUAUUCAGACUUCACCCGGCAGUUCUCCAAGCUGGAGAUCUGUAACUUGACCCCAGACACGCUCAUGAAUGAUGAUGUGGGCCACUGGAACCACUACCAGUUUGAAGGGAUGUGGAGGGUGGGCUCCACUGCUGGUGGCUGCCGCAAUAACCAAGCCACAUUCUCCUCCAACCCUCAGUUUGUGGUGCGUCUGGAGGAUGUGGAUGACAAUCCCAUGGAUGAGGAGGAUGGGUGCACAUUUCUGGUCGGGUUGAUGCAAAAGGACGGACGACGGCAGAAGAGGCUUGACCGCAACCUUGUAACCAUUGGCUAUGCCAUUUAUAAGGUUCCCGAUGAGCUCAAAGGCCGCACCAAUGUUCACCUGGGUCCGGAUGUCCUGCUGCGACAGAGAGCUGUGGCCAUGAGCAGCAGCUUCAUCAACACACGGGAAGUGUGCGACCGCUUUAAACUCCCUCCAGGAGAAUAUGCCAUAGUUCCCUCAACCUUCCAGCCUCACAAGAAUGGCAGCUUCGUUCUCAGGGUGUUCUCAGAGAAACAGGCUGCAACCAGUCCACUGGAGGAUGACGUUGAUGCCGAAAUAGAGGAGGAAGAGGUAUCUGAGAGUGACGUGGAUCCUCAUUUCAAGCAGGUCUUCAAGCAGAUUGCUGGCAAUGACAUGGAGGUAUCGGUCUUUGAACUGGUUCAAAUUUUGAACAACAUUGUCUCUCACCGGACUGAUAUCAAGACAGAUGGCUUCAGUCUUGAGACAGGUCGCCUUAUUGUCAGUCUGCUGGAUAAAGAUGAAAGUGCCAAGUUGGGACUGAUGGAAUUCCAUUUGCUUUGGAGCAAAAUCCAGAAAUACCUGGAGAUCUUCAGGAAUCAUGACACAGACAACUCCGGCACCAUGAGCUCCCACGAGAUGAGAGGCGCCGCCACUGAAGCAGGUUUCCACGUCAACAGUGCUGUGCUGCAGUCCAUUGUCAGUCGUUAUGCCGAUGCUCAGUAUGCCAUAGACUUUGACAGUUUUGUUGGGUGUCUCAUUAAACUGGAAAUGCUCUUCAAAAUGUUUAAGGCUCUGGAGAGAGCUGACUCAGGGAAGAUUGAGCUGGAUAUACAACAGUGGCUGUGCCUGGAGACAGUCGAAGACAGACAGAGACUCUUACAAUAUCUUAAAAUGUCCGGCAUUGCAGCUAAACUUCAGCACAACCGAGAGAAAUCAAAAGGGAUAGGAUCCAACUCUCACGCGGUGAAAUACCUCAACCAGGACUUUGAAGUGCUGAGGAGAAGCUGUCUGGAGAGAGGCCAGCUGUUUCAGGAUGACUGCUUUGAAGCUCUGCCCUCGUCCUUAGGCUUCAAAGAACUUGGACCAAAUUCCCACAAAGUUCGGGGCAUCAAAUGGAAAAGACCCACGGAAUUGUGUUCCAAUCCACAAUUCAUAGUUAAAAAUGCCUCCAGGACUGAUAUCUGUCAAGGAGCACUUGGUGACUGCUGGCUCCUGGCAGCUAUCGCCUCCCUGACUCUCAACAAACAGGUUUUGUCUCGUGUUGUCCCCCAUGACCAAAGCUUUGAUGAGAACUACGCUGGCAUCUUUCACUUUGAGUUCUGGCAGUUUGGCGAGUGGGUGGAUGUGGUGGUUGAUGACCUCUUGCCUACCAAAGAUGGAAAGCUGCUGUUUGUUCACUCAGAGGAGGGUUCAGAGUUUUGGAGCGCGCUGCUGGAGAAGGCCUACGCCAAGAUAAAUGGAUGCUACGAGGCUCUUUCUGGGGGCAGCACCACUGAGGGUUUCGAGGACUUCACUGGAGGCAUUGCUGAGAGGCAUGAAUUACAAAAAGCAGAUCCCCACCUCUUCAAAAUCAUUAAGAAGGCCUUGGACAGAGGCUCGCUUCUGGGAUGCUCCAUUGACGUGUUUGAGCUUCUUGUUUCACUCACAUGUAGGGAGGUUGGUGUCCUGGUGAUAUCUGGUGGUUUUUACUUUACAAGCUUUUGCUCUCCAUCCCAGAUUACCAGCGCGUCUGACUCAGAAGCCGUCACAUAUCGCAAACUGGUGAAGGGCCAUGCCUACUCAGUGACAGGAGCGGAGCAGGUGGAGUACAGAGGAGGCAGGGAGCAGCUCAUCAGGAUUAGAAACCCAUGGGGUCAGGUGGAGUGGAAUGGAGCCUGGAGUGACAAGUCUUCUGAGUGGAGAUAUGUGAGUGACAGUGACCGGGCAAGGCUGACCAAACGCUGCGAGGACGGGGAGUUCUGGAUGUCAUUUUCCGACUUCCUCCGUCAAUAUUCUCGCCUUGAGAUCUGCAACCUCACCCCUGAUGCACUCACAGGUGACGAGUAUAAGAAAUGGGCUGAGUCAGAGUUUGAAGAAAUGUGGAGAAGGGGCGUGUCAGCUGGUGGCUGCAGAAACUUUCCAAAUUCUUUCUGGAUGAAUCCUCAGUUUGUCAUAAAGCUGGAAGAGGUGGAUGAUGACUCUGAUGAUGGGGAGGAGGGGUGCACCUUCAUCGUGGGCUUGAUGCAGAAGAACAGGCGCCGUAUGAGGAAAAUGGGGCAGGACAUGGAGACCGUCGGCUUUGCCAUCUACGAGCUGCCGGAGGAGUACUAUGGCCAAAAGCAAGUGCACCUGAAGAAAAACUUCUUCCUGCGCAACUCUUCAGCAGCGCGCUCCGAGACCUUCAUCAACCUGCGAGAAGUGUGCAACCACUUCUGCCUUCCCCCUGGAGAAUACCUCAUCAUUCCCUCCACCUUUGAGCCCAACAAGAACGGAGACUUUUAUGUGCGGGUGUUCUCUGAGAAAGAUGCCACUUUCCAAGAGAUCGAUGAUCCUGUGGACUGCCAUGUUGAGGAGAUUGAUAUUGAUGAAGAUGACAUCGGUGACAGAUUCAAGAGACUGUUUGGACAGCUUGCCGGACAUGAUGUGGAGAUUUCUGCUUUCGAGCUGCAGAAAAUCCUCAACCGAGUGGUGGGGAAGAGAGAGGACAUAAAAACCAGUGGGUUCAGCCUGACGACUUGUCGCAACAUGAUCAAUCUGCUGGACAAAGAUGGAAGCGGAAAGCUGGGAGUGGUUGAAUUCAAGAUCCUGUGGACAAAGAUUGAGAAGUUCCUGGAUCUGUACAAAGCGAGAGACGUAGACGGAAGUGGCUGUAUGAGCGCCUCUGAGAUGCGGAUGGCUAUUGAGGAUGCCGGUUUUUCUCUCAACAACUCUCUGCAUCAGAUAAUUGUGGCCCGCUACAGUGAACCAAACCUCACCAUUGACUUCGACAACUUUGUGUGCAGCCUGAUCCGCUUGGAGUCACUCUUCAAGACCUUCAAGACCAUGGACAAGGAUGGGUCUGGUGAGAUAGAGUUGGGAAUGAUGGAGUGGCUGAACCUGGCAAUGUUGUAG